GCCAUGACGUCCGCAAAUCCACACCCCAAUUUCGGAAGAUACGAUCGAUCUGCGCUAAGGCGAAAAGCAAAGGUCGCAGCCACUACUGCCUUUCCACCUGAAACAUUGAAACAUCGACAACUCUUCUGGGGGGUCCUGGCCUGCACGGCUUUUCGUUCUCGACAGUCACGACACCAAGCAGGGACCUUCCAGAGGUCUGUGGCUGACAGAGAGGGAAAGAGUCAUGCUGCGAGCCCUGCGCCACCCCCCCCCCUCCUUUUCUCAUCGGCUUGAAAGUGCUGCUUAUCGAUCGACCUUGCGUCUGGCUGGCGUAAGAUUUCGGCCACGGCGACAAUGCUCUCUCUAUGCAAUCCGGCCUCCCCACUUCGCGUCAAAGGUGAUCGAUCGCUCAACGGUUGGUUGGGGUUUGCGCCGUGAAGCAUGUCUCCAACUUCUCGAACCCAGCAGGAACCCCCCACGUCGGAACUUGGGUGAUCUUGAACCUAAGUCGGACCUUCACUCUUGUUUUCCCAGAGCAACCGGUGUGCCGCCCCUUUUCGCGAGUCGGAAACAUUCCUGCGGCGCGCCAGGCCCAUACCAGCGGGAUGACCCACUAUGCGCUUGGCCGCCUGGGCCAGAAAUAAUCGUGCCCGACUGUCUAGAGCCUUGCGGGACUGGACCACCAUUGUUUUGACUAAAGACAUUACGCAGAAACAGGAGGCGGUCUUCAUGACAAGGGAUGGCUUUCGCGGUAUUGCGUGCCAGUUCCUGUU